AUGAGUUCUGCGGAGGAGAGAGAGGACCAUGAUAUGUACUGUGAGAAGGCGGUGGCCCUCAUCAUUGACCUCUGUCUGGACGACAGCCCACUGUUGCAGCCCAACACCUGCCAGGACUUCAUCACACUGCUAGCCACCAACCAGAGCCCAAACUCUGCAGGGUCAGAUCUCUCCUUCAGCCUCCUGCUCCUGGUGUUCGUGGCCUGUGGCCUGGGCCUGCUGAGCGUCAUCAUCUUUGCCUCCUGGAAGCUGUGCAGGGUGCACUGGCGCACCAAGGACCUCUCCUCCAGUGCCACUGCCCUCGCCCCCCCCUCCUCUGCCUCUGACAGACCCUACGACAGAGCCUUGCCCGCACACGGCCACAGGCCUACGCUCGUACACGCACACACGCACACACACGCCAUGGCGUCGGACAAGCUGAAUCCUUUGGACCCGGCGAGUUUUCUAGAGGCAGCGGUGAAGAUCAGCCACACAUCGCCUGACAUCCCUGCCGAGGUGCAGCUGUCCAUGAAGGACCACUUCCUGCGCCGCACGCGUAUGUCCAGGCAGACCACCGAGCCCAACUCCUCCAAUAGGCACAGCUCCUUCAAGAAGCACCUCCCCCGACAAAUGCACCAUGUCACCAGCCUUGACCGAGGCAGCGACUUCCCCUAUGCAGAGGACCAAUCCACCAGCCUGGCCAGUUUGGGCCGCAUCCAGCCAGAGCUCUACAAACAGAGCCCACUGGAGGCCGACGAGUCCUCCAAGAACUGCGCCGCCGCCAAGACCUGUGGUAAGAUCAACUUCUCCCUCAAAUACGACUACGAGUCCGAGGCUCUCCUCGUCAACAUCCUCAAGGCCUUCGACCUGCCCGCCAAGGACUUAUGUGGCAGCUCCGACCCCUACGUCAAAAUCUAUCUCCUGCCUGACCGCAAGCGCAAGUUCCAGACCCGCGUCCAUCGCAAGACACUCAACCCCAUGUUUGAUGAGUCCUUCCAGUUCACCGUGCCCUACGAGGAGCUGGGCAGCAGGAAGCUGCACCUAAGCGUAUUUGACUUUGACCGCUUCUCCCGCCACGACAUGAUCGGCGAGGUCAUUCUGGAGAAUCUGUUUGAGGUGUCGGACCUCUCCCGUGAGAUGCCCAUCUGGAAGGAUAUUCAGUACGCCACCUCUGAGAGUGUAGACCUGGGGGAGAUCAUGUUCUCUCUCUGUUACCUGCCGACCGCAGGCCGACUCACCAUGACCGUCAUCAAGUGCAGGAACCUCAAGGCCAUGGACAUCACCGGAUACUCAGACCCAUAUGUCAAGGUCUCCCUGGAGUGUGACGGACGGCGCUUGAAAAAGAAGAAAACCACCAUCAAGAGGAACACUUUGAACCCCACCUAUAACGAAGCUAUCAUCUUUGACAUCCCCCCUGAGAACAUGGACCAAGUCAGCCUGCACAUAUCCGUCAUGGACUAUGACUUGGUGGGACACAAUGAGAUCAUAGGUGUAAACAGAGUGGGCAGUCAUGCAGAGGGACUGGGCAGAGACCACUGGAACGAGAUGUUGGCCUAUCCACGCAAGCCCAUCGCUCACUGGCACUCUCUACUGGAGGCAAGCAAGUCUCAGAAAGAGUGGAAAACCCGCACUGCAAGCUUUGACAGCCAAGGCUCUUGCCCUUCUCCAAGACUCCUGUCUAGUCCAUGA